UCCAACCAGCUUUCAGUAAGAACGCGGCGAGGCGCGCGAGGGUGAGAGAACGUACCUGCAGUUUCCUGCGGCAGGCUGCUGUUUCCAUCAAGUAUGGCUACGCCCGGCAAGAAACGACGAGUUAGUCAUGCUACCAGCAGCUCCCAAGCUUCGAGUAACAGCAUCGCAAACGUGCUGGCAGGUAGUCAAGCCGAUGGACCUGGCGGAGAGGGUCGUUUCGUGGAGGGCUCCAUAAUUAGCAUCACCAUGAAAAACUUCCUGACUUAUGACUACUCUGUGGUGUACCCUGGACCUAAUUUGAACAUGAUUGUUGGAGCCAAUGGAACUGGCAAGUCAAGCAUUGUGUGUGCCAUCUGUCUGGGUCUGGCUGGCAAGACCGCUAUCCUUGGCAGAGGCGACAAGGUUGGGCUCUAUGUCAAACGCGGGUGCCAUAAAGGAUUUAUUGAGAUUAAACUGUACAAGACUGGUGGUAAUUUAGUGAUUAACAGAGAGAUACAUGUGGAGAACAAUCAGUCUCUGUGGAUGCUGAAUGGAAGACACUGCAACCAGAAAACAGUGGAAGAGGAGGUCAAGGCUCUGCGUAUCCAAGUCAGCAACCUCUGCCAGUUUCUGCCUCAGGAGAAAGUGGGUGAGUUCGCGAAGAUGUCCAAAAUUGAGUUGCUCGAGGCAACUGAGAAGUCAGUGGGACCACCAGAGAUGUAUGAAUACCACUGUGAGCUCAAAAACUUUCGCAACAGAGAACGAGAACUGGAGAACGUAGUGAAGGAGAAGGCCAGCUUCCUGGAGAAGGCCAAGCUGAGGAAUGAGAGGAACAAACAUGAUGUGAACCGUUACUAUGAAAAGAAGAGGCAUCUGGAUGUGAUUGAGUUGCUUGAGAAGAAGAAACCAUGGGUGGAGUACGAGACCACUCGCAAGGACCUUGAGGACGUGAAGAGAGAGCGAGAUGAGGCUAAAAGGCAGCUCUCUUCCCUGAAGCAGGCUCAGACACCAAUGCUGAGGAAGAUCCAGCAGAUUGACAACCAGCUGAAACCCACUGAGGCACAAAUAAAGGCAAAGACUGCUGCCAUUAAAGAAGCCUCUUUGAAGUGCAAACAGAAACAGGAUCAGUUGGAUCGAAAACACAAAGAGAUUGAAGAUAUUAAACAAACACUGAGACUGAAGCAGAUGGAAGAGGAGGACCACCAGAAGCGAAUCAGCAACACCAGACGGACAAUCGAGGACCUGAAGGCAGAGCUUGCCAAAGUCGGCGACCAACCAGAUGUGACACCACAGAUCAAUGAUGUUAACGUCGAGCUGAGGCGCAUCCAGGAGGAGAGAGCCAAGCUGGAAGGAGAGAAGUCCGACCUACGCAGGGAGAGGGAUAACUUCUCUGCUGAGUCCAAAAUGUUGGAGAAAAAGCUCAAUGACAUGAACAACAUGAUGAAUGCUAAAGAGGAGAAGCUGCGAGGACGUCACAGGGACACACAUGCUGCCCUCCAGUGGCUCAGGCAGAACAGACAACUCUUUGGUGGAAAUGUCCACGAGCCCAUGAUGCUGGUGAUCAAUGUGAAAGAUCAUCGCUUUGCCAAGUAUGUAGAGAACCACAUCUCCUUCCACGAUCUGCGGGCGUUCGUCUUCCAGAAAAAAGACGACAUGGAGAGGUUCAUGACUGAGGUCCGUGACAAGAUGAACUUGAAGGUGAAUUCCAUAUCGGCUCCUGAGGAAUCGUGUUCUAAGAAGGCGCCAUCCAGAAAUAUUGAGUCCCUGAGGCGUUUUGGGUUCUUUACCUACCUACGUGAGAUGUUUGAUGCUCCAGAUGAGGUGAUGAGUUACCUCUGUCAGCAGUACAAGGUGCAUGAUGUCCCUGUGGGCAACGAACAAACUAAAGCCAUGAUCAGAACGGUGAUCGAAGAGCCCUACAUCAAAGUGUUGUACACAACAGAUGAGAGAUACACAUUGAAGAGGUCUUUUUACUCCAAUAAGAUCAGCACCAGUAACUCUGCAGUGCACCCUUCCCAGUACCUCACCAUUACUGUGGACGCCGAAGAGAAACGGCAUCUGGAGCAGCAGAUGAAGGAAUGUGUGUCAAAGUUACGAGACAUUGAUGAACGGAUGAAGGCCCUGCAGAAGGAAAUUGUCGCCUUGGAUCGCCGCGAUAAUGAGCUGUUGGCACAGAAGAAGAGGCUUUCUGAACAAAAGGGCAAAAAGAGACAACUGGAGCAGAAAAUCAGCACCAAACAGGACAGUCUGAGGCAGAUGGAGCAGAAUGCUAUUGACCUGCAGAAGAUUGAAGAGGACACUAAAGUGAAGAUUACAGCUGUCAAUUCUCAGAAGGUGACCAUCGUCGCAGCGUUCAUGGCUCAAAUGAAGCUGAGGGCCAAGCUGACUAUGGAGAAAGUGUACCUGGCUUUGGAGACGGUGGCGUUGACAGCAGAGAAGACCAAACUGGAGAAUGACUGUAAAGAAGGCGCCUCUGAACUCAGGACCACUGAUCAAAAAUGCACCCGUCUGGAGCAGAGGAAGGUGCAGCUGCACGAACAAUGCAAGGGCCUUUUGAAGAGAGCGAAGACGAUCUGCAGGAUGCAAUCUGAUGAGUCACUGCCUGAAGACCUCCGCAAUGCUUUCAGCAAACUGCCUGACACGCUGGACGAGAUUGAUGCCAUGUUGAAUGAGGAGCGGUCAAGAGCUGAGUGCUUCACUGGCCUCAGUGAAAAUGUUGUUGAGGAGUACAACAGGAGAGAGCAGGAGAUCAAACAUCUGGAGAAGGAACUGGAAGAUAAAACCAAUGCCCUGAACGCCUACCGACAGAACAUAUCAGAGGCUAAGGAGCGUUGGCUGAACCCGCUGAAGCAGCUGGUGGAGCAGAUUAACAGCAAGUUCAGUGACUUCUUCCGUACCAUGCAGUGUGCAGGAGAAGUUGAUCUGCACUCAGAGAACGAGGAGGAGUAUGACAAGUAUGGGAUCAGAAUCCGCGUCAAGUUUCACAGCAGCACUCAGCUCCACGAGCUGACGCCCUACCAUCAGAGCGGAGGAGAGCGCAGCGUAUCCACAAUGCUCUACCUCAUGGCCCUGCAGGAGCUCAACCGCUGCCCAUUCAGAGUGGUGGACGAGAUCAACCAGGGAAUGGAUCCUGUAAAUGAGAGAAGAGUGUUUGACAUAGUAGUCCGCACGGCCUGCAAGGAGACAACGUCGCAGUACUUCUUCAUAACACCAAAACUGCUGCAAAAUCUUCAGUACGCUGACGAGAUGACAGUUCUCUGUGUCCAUAAUGGCCCUUACAUGCUUCCCCCCAACCAAUGGGAUGAGAAGGCGUUCAUCAGACGGUGCCUCCAGAGAAAAGCCAGGGCAUGAAUCCACCAGGCCGACCCAUGCUGCCUGGAUUCAAGUCAGUUUCCAUUUCAGCAAGUUCAAUAAUAGCCAACAACUAUGAAAUAACAAUGGUUAUCAGUCAUUGUAGACAAUAUAUGCAAUGAGAAGACUGUACUUUGGUUGUGUUGAUGGGUCUCUUACAUGUGUAUUCUGUGCUGUGUGUUGAAGUUCUCUGUGUCAUACAGGACAUUUAUAAAACUGAUUUACAGAAAAUGGAAAUAUGCAUUGAGCAUAUUUGUUGUUGCACAAUUUUCUAUGUAUACAGCAGCAUGUUUUUGAUACUUAAAAAGAUGUACAGCUGUUCCUUUACAGUUUACAUGCACAUGUUUAUACCUUUGAAUAAAAUAUUCCUGUUUGUGUUGUAAA